AUGCAGGGCUUCAACAUGGGACGCUACGUCCCCCCCGACCUCGAAGGCACCACCUCCGGCAACAAGCUCAACCACAAACAUCCUCUCGGCCACCGCGCCUCCAAGCUCGCCUCCCACGGCAUCCUCACCGUGCGCUUUGAGAUGCCCUUCCCCAUCUGGUGCGCGCACUGCCCCAAGCCCACAAUCAUCGGCCAGGGCGUGCGCUUCAACGCCGAGAAGAAGCGCGCGGGCAACUACUACACCACGCCCAUCUGGAGCUUUCGCUUCCGCCAUGUCGAGUGUGGCGGGUGGAUUGAGAUGCGCACCGAUCCGAAGAACACGGCGUAUGUUGUCGUCGAAGGAGCGACGAAGCGCGACACGGGGGAGGAUAAGGUCUUGCCUGAAGAGAAUGUUAUCAUGACGGACGAGGAGAGGGAGGCGCUGAGGAAGAAUGCGUUUGCGAGUCUGGAAAAGACGAUUGCCGAUCGGGAGAGGUUGAAGAUGGCGACGGAGCGGAUUGAUGACUUGGCGGAUUUGUCGAAGAAGCACUGGGAUGAUCCGUAUGCGCAGAAUCAGAAGCUGAGAAGGGCCUUUCGCGUGGGCAGGAAAGAGAGGGAGAUAGCGGCGGCGGCGACGGAGGAUUUGAAGGAUAGGAUGGGGCUGGGGAUAGAAUUGCUACCGGAGAGGGAGGAUGAUGCUAAGAGGGCUGCGCUGGUGGAUUUUGGAGGAGACGAAAAGGGACAAGGAAAAGACGGCGAUGGGGGCAUCAAGGCGUUAUCGAAACCUUUGUUUGCGAGUACAGUUACAAAAUCGACAUCAACAACAACCAAAAAGCAACAUCAUUCAUCUUCGAGUUUCAAAGACACAAGAACAAAGGCCGAAAAGGAAGCAUCCCGCAGGAAAGAGACAUUUGUCGCACAGUUUAUAUCGAACACGCGAGCCGCACAGGACCCCUUUCUCGGCGGCGACAGAAGUGCUACGAAUAAAAUCUCUCUCGGUAUCAAGAAAAGGAAGCGGAUCGAUGGCGAGGCUGAGGCGGAUGAGAGACUUGCUGAAGAGCCGGAGGCUAAAGUGGCAGUAUCGGCGCUGGCGCCGGUGUCAACCGUGGGAUUGGUAGAGUAUGAUUCUGAUUGA